AUGGAGAAAAUAACACGGAUUAACGUCAGUGGGACGAUUUUUGAAACAUGGCAGUCAACUCUUGAUAAGUAUCCAUUCACAUUACUGGGAUCUUCUGAACGUGAUUACUUCUACAAUGAAAUUACACAAGAAUAUUAUUUUGAUCGGGACCCCCAGGUUUUCCGAUAUAUACUUAAUUAUUAUCGAACUGGUCGACUUCAUUUCCCACGUAAUGAAUGCGUUUCCACAUACGAGGAUGAGCUUAACUUUUUUGGAAUAAGACCCGAUGCGCUAGAAGUUUGCUGUUAUGAGGAUUUCAUGGAAAAGAAGAAGGAAGAUUCAGACCGAUAUGUAACUGUAAAGGGGGACACAAACUUCGGUCCCACAAAUGCGAACUCUUUCAGGGAACAACUCUGGUUCGCAUUUGAAAAUCCACAUUCCACAAAUCUUGGCCAAGUUCUCUAUUACGUUUCUGGGUUUUUCAUAGCUGUCUCAGUUCUGGCAAACAUAGUGGAAACAGUCAACUGUUCAGUAUCGUUAGAAACGGGUGCACUUGUAUCAUGUGGGUCUCAGUAUGAACAGCCGUUCUUUUGCCUUGAUACUGGAUGUGUCCUAAUUUUUACCAUCGAGCACCUUGCUCGUCUGUAUGCUGCUCCGAACCGCUGCAAGUUCGCCAAAUCUGCCAUGUCAAUCAUAGACGUUGUUGCUGUACUGCCGUACUACCUUGGCCUUUUCAUGACAACACAUGUAUCUGGUGCAUUCACAACAUUACGAGUUUUCCGUGUUUUUCGAAUUUUUAAAUUUUCACGGCAUAGUCAAGGUCUUCGUAUACUUGGGUAUACCCUCAAGUCAUGUGUUUCCGAACUCGGAUUUCUUCUGUUCAGUAUGUCAAUGGCCAUUAUUCUAUUUGCAACUAUAAUGUAUUACACAGAAAAGUCUGAGACAUCUCAGUUCACAAGCAUACCAGCAGCAGCGUGGUAUACUGUUGUAACAAUGACGACGCUGGGGUAA